GCAGGCGCGAGGUGACGCCGCGGCAGGGCCGGAAGGAGUGCAGCUGCGGCCUCGGCGACUGCGACUGAGCUGUCGGCGGCCGCUCCUGGCGACUAAACGCCGCGGCGGCGGAGGCUUCAGAGCCCGCCUCGCCAGCCGGCGAAUUGAGUGGCGAACUGUUUGGAACAGAUCGUCGUCAUGUUUAGAUAUUAGCAAUCACGUAUGUGUAUGUCUGCAUUUGAAAAUGGCAGAGGGAAACAACAGUGAAGAGGUAAUUCACUUGAAUAACUUUCACUGCCACCGGGGACAAGACUGGAUCAAUCUCAGAGAUGCGCCCAUCACCAUAUCUGACUCCUCUGAUGAGGAAGGGAUUCCGAUGCUGGUCACCCCGGCUCCUCAGCAACAUGACGAAGAGGACCUGGAUGAUGAUGUCAUCCUGACAGAAACAAAUAGACCUCAGACAUCACGACCCAAUCUCAUCAAACCAGCUGCCCAGUGGCAAGAUCUGAAAAGAUUGGGAGAAGAAAGGCCUAAAAAGUCUAGAGCAGCAUUUGAAUCUGAUAAGAGCAGCUAUUUUUCAGUGUGUAACAACCCAUUGUUUGAUUCUGGGGCACAGGAUGAUUCUGAGGAUGACUACGGUGAAUUUCUGGAUCUUGGGCCUCCUGGAGUCUCUGAAUUCACUAAGACAAGUGGCCAAACAGAAAGAGAACCCAAACCUGGACCAAGUCACAACCAAGCAGCAAAUGACAUUGUCAAGCCCAGAUCAGAGCAGAAAGUCAUAAUCUUGGAAGAAAGUAGCCUCCUUUUUGGAGAAAGUGAUCCUUUGGGAAUUCAGAACCAGUCAUCUGAAGACUCAGAGACAGAACUUUUAUCAAAUCUCGAAGAGUCAGCUGCUAUAGAAGAUGAUCAGGCCAUUGAAGAAGACUGCUGGUUAGAUCAUCCUUAUCUCCAGUCUCUAAACCAACAGCCCCGUGAGAUAACAAACCAGGUUGUUCCUCAAGAGCGGCAGCCUGAAGCAGAACUGGUUGCCUUGUUGUUUCAGCAUGAACUUCCAGGGCCAGCUUUUCCAAGGCCAGCUUUUCCAAGACCAGAACCCCAGCAGGAUGGGAUUCCAGGCCCCUCGUCACCUCAGCCUGCCCAUCCUCUGGGAGAGCUUGAAGACCAACAAUUAGCAAUAGAUGAUGAAGAGCCAGGUCCAGCCUUUCCAAUGCAAGGAUCUCAAGAGCCCAACUUGGAAAACAUUUGGGGGCAAGAAGCUGCUGAGGUAGAUCAAGAACUCGUUGCACUGCUAGUGAAGGAAACAGAAGCAAGAUUUCCAGAUGUAGCAAAUGGAUAUAUUGAAGAAAUAAUUCAUUUGAAGAAUUACUUUGAUCUGAAUGUACUUUGUAAUUUUCUUCUGGAAAAUCCAGAUUAUCCAAAGAGAGAAGAUAGAAUCAUUACAAACCCCAGUAGCAGCCUGCUGGCCGGCCAGGACGAGACCGAGUUGCCGCAGGUGGACUUUUUUGAUUAUUCCAAGCUGGUUCCCCUGGACCAGCGCUGCUUCAUCCAGGCUGCUGACCUCCUCAUGGCUGACUUCAAGAUGCUCAGCAGUCAAGACAUCAAGUGGGCCCUGCACGAGCUCAAGGGACACUAUGCAAUCACCCGAAAGGCCUUUUCUGAUGCCAUCAAAAAAUGGCAGGAGCUAUCACCAGAAACCAGUGGAAAAAGGAAGAAAAGAAAAGAAAUGAAUCAAUAUUCUUACAUCGAUUUCAAAUUUGAACAAGGUGACAUAAAAAUAGAAAAGAGGAUGUUCUUUCUGGAAAAUAAGCGGCGACAUUGUAGGUCCUAUGACCGACGUGCCCUCCUUCCAGCUGUGCAACAAGAGCAGGAGUUCUAUGAGCAGAAAAUCAAAGAGAUGGCAGAGCAUGAAGACUUUUUACUUGCCUUGCAGAUGAAUGAAGAACAGUAUCAAAAGGAUGGUCAGUUGAUUGAAUGCCGCUGCUGCUAUGGGGAAUUUCCAUUCGAGGAGCUGACACAGUGUGCAGAUGCCCACUUGUUCUGCAAAGAAUGUCUCAUCAGAUAUGCCCAAGAGGCAGUCUUUGGAUCUGGAAAGUCAGAGCUUAGCUGCAUGGAAGGCAGUUGCACAUGUUCAUUCCCCACCAGUGAACUGGAGAAAGUGCUUCCCCAGACUAUCCUGUGUAAAUACUAUGAGCGAAAAGCCGAGGAAGAAGUUGCUGCAGCCUACGCAGAUGAGCUUGUCAGGUUAGUUCUCAGAGUCAGAAGCUGUUACUUGUCACCUCAUUCCCCCUUUGUGCAGGUGUCAUUUGGGUGCCAGGAGCCCCUGGGAGGCUGUGGGGAAGCAGAAGGCACCAGCUCAGCCGUAGCACUUGCUGCAGGGGCUGCUGGCGGGAAAGCCCAGUGGCUCUUCCAGCAGUACAUUCGGAGUAGCCUCAGAGGCCUGACUCUCUUAAGUGCUACACUUAAACACUUACACCCAGCUCUCUACCUCACCUCUCCAGUGGGUGUCCACGGGCCCUCUGUGUCAGCACUGCCCAGGUCAGCUCGAGAUCUUCAUGCCUGCCUCCCACCACCCAACACUCAUCUCACCAGUGUCACUGUCGUCAUUGAUUGCACAAACCAGAACCCAAGUCAUCACCCCGACUCCUUCCCACUCCCAAAGCUGAGCCACCACCACCUGCAAGAAACCUGUAGGAAGUGUCAGGGACUCUGGAAAGAACACAAUGGCCUCACCUGUGAGGAGCUGGCUGAAAAAGAUGACAUCAAGUACCGCACCUCUAUUGAAGAAAAAAUGACUGCUGCCCGCAUUAGAAAAUGCCACAAAUGUGGGACUGGUCUCAUCAAAUCUGAAGGCUGCAACCGCAUGUCGUGCCGCUGUGGCGCCCAAAUGUGCUACCUCUGUCGCGUGUCUAUCAAUGGGUAUGACCAUUUCUGCCAGCAUCCCCGCUCACCAGGAGCCCCUUGUCAGGAGUGUUCAAGAUGCUCUCUCUGGACCGACCCCACUGAAGAUGAUGAGAAGCUAAUUGAGGAAAUCCAGAAGGAGGCUGAAGAGGAGCAGAAAAGAAAGAACGGAGAGAACACCUUCAAACGCAUCGGGCCCCCGCUGGACAAGCCUCCGGAGAAGGUGCAGAGGAUGGAAGCCCUCCCGAGGCCUGUCCCGCAGAACCUGCACCAGCCGCAGAUGCCGCCCUAUGCCUUCGUGCACCCGCCCUUCCCCCUGCCGCCCGUGAGGCCCAUGUUCAACAACUUCCCGCUCAACAUGGGCCCCAUCCCGGCACCCUACGUGCCCCCACUGCCCAACGUGCGGGUCAACUAUGACUUUGGCCCUGUCCACGUGCCCCUGGAGCACAACUUGCCUAUGCACUUUGGCCCCCAGCCGCGGCAUCGCUUCUGAUGACCCAGAGCCCUUCCUGGUCCCCCAUCCCCACCACGAGCUCCCACCAGGCAGCGGAGGAGCCCGUGCGUACAGGUUGUAGGAUAGAGAACUCAUCCCUCCCCCAAGGCUGAGGGCUCCACCCAUGCCUUCCAAGGAGGGAUGGGAGGUUUGGGAUGGUAGGUUGGUUUUCUUGUGCUCCUCUGGGAAGGGCCACAGCUCCUUGAAGGGUGGCCACAAGCUGGUGGCCCUCUGAGUGCUUGUAACAGGAUUGAUCUGGCCUUCACUGGGCCAGAGAGAGAAGGGCAGCGAAGCCCUCUUCCUGGAGAGUACAUCGCGGUGGCCCUGUCUCUGCUGUGUCAUUCACAUCCCUGCAGAAAAUGACGAAGAGGAAAUGAUUUGCUUCUAUUCCUGUUCCCCUGACAGACAACAGGAGAAGCCUGUCAGAGUUACAAACCAUGGAGGCCUUCCUUCCCACCGCGCAGAUACGUCCGUAAUAAAGACAAGUAGCACAGAGUGGAGUUUGCAGAGAGCUGAGAGAUUGGCACUGCCACCCCAGCCGGGGCCAGUCAAGAGUGGCCCUUUCUGCUCUGUGCAUAGCUGCGGGUCAAGGACCCAGGGCCCUGAGCUGAGCCCUGGGAAGCAAGACGGCCGUGAGCGUCACACCUGGGACCCAGAGGCCUGUGCUGGGGGGGAGCUCUCGCCCCUCACGAAGACUCGAGGUUGGUCCCGUGAGGAGGUAGCAGAGCCUGUCCACAGGCCUGGGAAGCCCCACGGGCCGCCAGUGCACUGCAGCCCCUCAGAGCAUUUCCCAGUGCCAGCAGGACAAGACACUGUCUGAAACACGCCCAGGUGCCACCACAGUGACCAUUUAGGAGGCCUCUCUUCCCUUUUAAGGCCCAUUCAGACCAGACAGCAGCAGAGAACCAUCUUGUGGUGUGAGUUUUGUUCUGUCAUGUAUCUAAAAUGUUUGUUCCUGUUUACUCUGAGCUUACCCCGUUUUCCAUGGCCUACUUGAAUUCCUAAAAAGUCAAAGUAGAAAUCAGUUACCUAGGUCAGGCAGCUGCCGAGGGCUGGAUGGUUCUGGAACUUUGGCCAAACAAAAGAUCAUCUCGAGGUGGCUGGGAGGGGCCUGGGCAGCCCAUUGCUGGGGAGAUGCCUCCGCACCAGCCAGGCGAUGAAUAGCUUUUCCACCAUGGAUUUCUGGGGGGAGGAGUGGGCUCCCCUCGAGGGCAGAUAACCCCAGACACCACCUAGCUGGGCACCCACCCAAGGCACUGCCCACUCUGCCAGCUGUGCUGCACCUUUGUGGUAGGGCCCACGCAGCAGGUCCUCUGUCCCUCUCUUCUGUGUAUUCUCUCAGCGGCUCAUCUGGUGGUGGAGGCAGGUGGAGGGUGAUGGCCCGUGCCUCUAGGGAGUGAGAGCAGCUGUCCUUUUCCUCGGAUCGGAUAAGAGCUUGGGCCUGCCACAUUCCCAGCCACCUUCCUCCCUUCCUGUCUGGCCCAGGUCUCACUACACCUGAGGCAUUGCACCAGCCUGUUUGCCAAGCAGAGGCCUGAAGCUUCUGACUGCCCAGCUGGGAGCCAGCCCUCCUGACCGCAGAUGUACUCUGUCCUCCAGUGUUGGCCUUCCUUGUCCUUGUGUUGCCCUGGGGUUCUGGGGGGUUGAGAGUGCAUAGAACUCAGAGACAAGGCUGAGCCCAAUGCCUUCGGGGCUGUGCUGCAUGGCCCCCAACAUGGCUCUGCCGCCCAGGUUGUCAGGAAACCAGGCACUGUCAAGCCACCGUCUGCUCCUCAGAUGCAUUUCAAAGAUUGAAGUGGGAAAAAAGAUCUAGAUGCCCGUUCUUUCUGCCUUUCCUCAUGAUGCAGGCUUUGAGAACAGGUGGUCACCUGGGCAUGGGCUGAGGGGCCUUGCCACUGCCGGAAGCCCCUCCUGUUGGGCUGCCUGAACUUUGCUACUAGCCUGAAUGACAGUGCCUUGGAAAGGCAGGCUCCCUGCAGCAGUGACAGUACUCUAAGUACCUUAAAUGCAUGUUCCCUGCACUUCCCCAGGGAGGACCUCUGGGAGCAGAGCGUGCCAACAGAUGGGGGUGGUGGCCCCAGGCACUGCCCCUCCAAGGCUGGCCCAGCUG